UACAAGCAGCGGAGUAUGACAGCCUUGGAGCUGCCGAACCACCUGUGUCGUUUGUUAUUGUUCCCUUCUCUCUUUCCUCCUUUUUCUUUCCAUUUGCGCUCUCCCUCUCUGUGUCAUCUGCAUUUCAUUGAAUAUGCUGUGAUGCAGGGGCGGCAGGAUCGGGUAUUUGUUCUCUGGGAGCGUCGCAUUAAAACCGAGAGUUACUAUGUCUUACGUUAUAUGGUGUGAUUUUUUUACCCAUCUGUGUGAUCAUUUUUAUAAUUUUUAAGAGAACGCCGCUGUGCUUGACUUUACAGUUCCUUCUUUAUGAAUUCCUUGCAUCUUUAGUAGUUGCAUGAAUGGCAGACAGUGGCUGUUCAGAUUUGUAACAGCUUUACACAGUAACCUUGAUACAGACUACACCGGCUUGAAGGGUAAUUUAAUAUUUUGGGAGAUAUUGGUCUGUCUGUCAAAUGUUAGCUCCUUGGAAGAGAACCGAUACCAUUGGUUUUGGGUUCCUUACUUAGUUGUUUGUUUUUAUUUUGGGUUCCUCACUUCUUUUUUUUUUGGGGGGGUCCUUACCAAUUUUUUUGGGGGGGUGGGUUCCUUACUAUAUUUUUUUUAUAUAAUGUAAUAUUAAAACAUAUGGGAUUUUCAGAACAAUAGAAAUUUGGAUGAGUUGAAGUCAUUCUUCAGCUUAUAUUCUACACAAUAGUUUCUAAAAUAGACAUCAGGUGGUGUAGGUUUUUAUUGUUUGGUACUUCCUCCAGACCACAUGGCCAUAUUUUGCAAAAUUCCAUCAAUAGAAGUUAUAAGAAUUAUGUUGCCACCAAAACAAAGACGCAAUUUUGAUAUUGCAUUUUCCAUGUUGAGGUUCACCUGAACGUUUACAGAUGUCCAUGAUGCUAAUGAACAUAAAACCUGUAUAUUUAAAGAUUGUGCAGAUUUUGGAUUAUACUAAAAAAUAGCAUGCUUAUGUUUCCAUCUGAAGGAACAGUUCAUUCCCAAGGGACAUAAACCAGCUCAGAUUUCAUCCACAUCCAUACUAAAGGAAUUUUGAUAAGAACUUCUUUCCCUGAACUGUACUUCAUAUGCAACAGUGUAUCAACAAUGACAGUCUGACAGUAAAUAAAUACAUUAUCUUAUGAUACGUAAGACAAGGAAAGAAGAAAGAAAUGUUUUGGAAUCUAGAAUCAAGUAAAUUACCCAUUUGUAAUUAAAUGGCCAAGGCCUGAGGAUAAGGUAGUGCAAAGCCAGUGUUCUACCAUUGUGCUAUGCCAAUUUAUUAAAAUGGGGCCUUUUAUCAUUGUAAGAGUGCAUAUAACAGUUGUAGCUGUUAUUGAUAUAUGAGACUAACAGCAUAUGUAGCAGCUCUAAAACUAAUUUACUGAAUUAACAGAAUUAUGUUUUUGUGGAGAACAACCAUUAAUUUGUUUUUCACCUGCAGAAUAUCUUAAUUUGAAUAUCCUAUCUCACCGUUGCUCAGUCUCUCAAAAUGUUUUGGGCUGUGGUUGUAGGCAUAUCAUGUAUCAAACUACUACUUAUCCCAGCAUACCGGUCAACAGACUUUGAAGUUCACCGGAACUGGUUGGCAAUCACACACAGUCUUCCAAUUGACGAAUGGUAUUUUGAAGAAACAUCAGAAUGGACACUAGAUUAUCCUCCAUUAUUUGCUUGGUUUGAAUGGUUAUUGGCAAAGGUGGCACAGUUCUUUGACCAAGAAAUGCUGAAAGUGGAGAACUUGAACUAUGCCUCACCAAUGACAGUGCUCUUCCAGCGUCUGUCAGUCAUUGUGACUGACCUUGUGUAUGCUUAUGGCUGUAAAGUUUGCAGUGAUGAGGCUGGAAGAUUCUCUGGCCGCAGGGAUGUGAUUGUCCCUCUCUUCAUUAUUCUGUUUAGCAAUGCUGGACUCUUGAUCGUGGAUCACAUUCACUUUCAGUACAAUGGCUUUCUCUAUGGCAUCAUGUUCCUGUCUAUUGCAAGAAUCCUGCAGAGGCGUGAAAUUGAAGCUGCCUUUUGGUUUUCCAUUUUGCUCAACCUGAAGCACAUCUACCUGUACGUUGCCCCAGCCUACUUCAUUUACCUACUCCGCUCCUUCUGCCUCUCGUCCACUUCAGAAGGCCGGAUCAAGUUGAAAGUGUCCUCUCUGCUCCGUCUCCUUCAAUUAGGAGUCACGGUCUUGGCUGUCUUCGGGCUAUCAUUUGGGCCCUUUUACCUGAAGGGGCAACUUGGCCAGGUACUUUCAAGGCUCUUCCCCUUUAAGAGAGGCCUGAGUCAUGCGUAUUGGGCACCUAACUUCUGGGCACUUUACAACUUUGCUGACAAAGUCCUGGAGGUAGCAGGUAACAGACUUGGCUAUGUGUCAACUGUGGGGAAGGCCAGUAUGACAGGAGGCCUUGUGCAAGAGUUUGAACAUGCUGUCCUGCCUUCCAUCACUCCUCCAGUCACUUUCAUUGCUACUCUGCUGUCAAUAAUCCCAUGUCUUGUGAACCUGUGGAAAACCCCACACAACCCAUGGCAGUUCAUCCGAUCUCUUGUGCUGUGUGGGUUCGGCUCCUACAUGUUUGGUUGGCACGUCCAUGAGAAAGCCAUCCUCUUGAUAGUUCUUCCUCUUGGAUUGCUGUGUCUGCAGAAAAAAAUUGAGGCUCAAAUUUUCAUCAUAAUGUCAGUUGUGGGGCAUUUCUCCCUCUUCCCGUUAUUGUUCACACAUCAUGAAACGCCCAUAAAAGUAACUGCCCUUCUGCUUCAUGCUGUAUUUACAUGCUAUACCCUGCUGAAUCAUUGGUUCCCCAGCAAGAACUCAGGGCUGGUUCCAAGAAUUCCCUUGUGCAACAUUGCUGAAACAAUUUAUUUAUUAGGUUUAGUUAAUAUUUUCCUCUAUCAACAAAUAGGCCACCAACUAUUAGGCUUGGAGGAAAAAAUGCCAUUUUUGCCACUGAUGUUGAUAUCAGUUUACUGUGGGGUGGGCGUAACAUACUGCUGGUUGAAGUAUUAUCGCUCCAUCCUGUCGAGUGCGAAGAAGGGAAAAAAGAAGUCUCACUAAUUAUAUGUAAAAUAAAGAAAAAUAAAUUGAAAGCAUAUCUUUUCCAUUUCUAUUUUGGUCAGAAAAUUAUCAGUAAAUGAAAGUGAGAUCCAGAAUUAACUUUGUUAGUGAAGUUGAGCUAAAGCUAUCUGUAUAUUUUGGUAUGGGCCAAUGACAAACUUAUUUUCAGUAAGUUAACUAAGUCAGGUAAACUUAUAUUUAUAUACAAGUACAAAUUAUUUUAAGUGUGUCACAUAUCAGUGAAUGAGAAAGUAUAAUUUGUAUUCUUUUUUGCAAUCACAAACAUUGUUUUUAUUAAGUAAAACUACAAAUUGCAGAUAAAUGUAUUACUUCAACCCUUCUCUUGAAUUUCCCUUUUUACUGUCUGUUCAUACAUUCUUAUGAAAUAAAAUGUCCAAGUAAUAGGAAAUAAUAAUAAUGCUGCAGUGGUAGUGAUGGCAGCACUAGCAGUAGGUGUCUCUGUCUCU